AUGUCACCCCAGCUCCUCGAGUCGACUUCCCGCGUAGUCAAAUUCAUAUAUAACGGUUUAGGAAUUGUCCAAUUCUCCUACGACAAAACCCCACCACCAACAAAAUUCGCAAAAAUAGUACCUCGACUGUGGUCCGUUUUAAGUUAUAGUACUUUCAUUCACUUGUGUAUUUUCUUCAAUAAUUCAAGACACGAUGGGAAAAUAAUGACGUACGUUCAAGUUUUUCUGUAUCAUGGAACCGUUAUUCUGAUGAUUGUGUUAUUUAUAACGUUUUAUAACAGAAGCAACAGAAUAAAAACGUUGUUGAUUUGUAUUGGCGACAUGGUGGUACCUUUGAGCUCGUCAGUACCGCCGAAGAAAAGAAUAUGCAUACGAAGUACCUUCGUUGGUGUUCUAUUUGCGCUGAUUAUAGCGUCUUCAUUCCAAGAAGGCAAUACUUACUAUUUCAUUUUCUGGUACUACUGUUGCAUAAUUAUCGCUUUCGACACAGUUUUCAUAAAUGAUAUUUUCGACCACAUUGGUGAUAAAUUCGCCGCUGUGAAUGAAGAGCUACAACUACACACCAAAUUUGAUAAAUCGGUACUUCGAUUUCACAAGAAAACAACAUUUCGUGACACGACUUCGCUUCAGAACUUAUCACACUUCCACUCGGAGUUAGUAUUUUUGACUCUAGAGAUCACCAAGCAAUUCGAAGUACCUAUUAUAGUAUCAAUGAUUCAUUCCUUCAUAUGUAUGAUCGAUGGUUCCUACACGGUUACUGUUCUGGCAGCUUAUUCCCAACACCUUACUUCACGUUUUGCUACCAAUUUCAUCUACCUUGUGUUCGCCUUACUUCGAUUAUAUGUACUUAUUGCAAAAAUUUGCGAAACGCAAGAACUAGCCAACAGCGGAGUUUUACACUUGCACGAAAUUUGGAACCAACACGUUUCUAGAAAAGAAAUGAAUAGAGAGUUUCGUCAUUUGGAACUACUUUCAGUACGUAUGUCUAACGCACGGGUACAAUUCAACAUACGUGGGUUUUUUAUUUUGGACUGGACCUUCUUCCAAACGAUGGUCGUUGCUUUUACUACCUACUGGCUUAUUCUGGUGCAGUUUCAGGUCUAA